AAGGCUUAAAGACAUAAUAUUUGACUCCAGAUGACAUAAGUGGGCCCAUUGAGUCCUGGAACCAUUCCUAAGGUCACUUUUUAAAAAUAGGAAUGACACUCCCCUUCUGAAGGGAUUAAGUGAUCCUACGACUCCACAGAUUUGGAUCCCAAUAUGCUGGUCCCGGUAGACUCUCACAUGCCUUCACUACCCCACGGCAUAGAUGGAUGAAAUGUGCGCUGUGAACGAGGCCUUACAGACAGUGCGCAACUAGUCAACACUAUCAGUACAACAAAGCAAAUGCACGGUAUCGCUCAGUCCUGGGCAUUUCAAGAACCUUAAACUAUUUUUAAAUAAAUCACCGAGUAUUGUAUAAGCUUCGAAAAGUACUGAAGUGAUUAACAAUAAUUAUGGAAACAAUUAAUAGAAAUAAAAUUAGAGCAAAAUCCUAUAAGAAAUUGGAAAAUCUAAAAAUCGAAAAGUGUCCUGAUAAAAAUUUUGAAUUAAACGGUAUAAUCAGUGAAGUUACUGCUAAUCAUUGUGAUACCAAUGAAUCGAGCCAGAAUGAUAGCAACCUUAUCCUGAAUACUUUGUUGAAUAAUCCAAAAUUGAAAGCUAUAUUUGGUGCAUCGAAGCUGGAGAACAUUGACACUGAAUGUUCGGAGGAUACAGACGAAGAGUUUGAGGAAUAUAUAGAGUACGUGUUCCAUCCACGGAAGUAUUUUUUGCAGUCGCUAUGUCAGGUUUGUAAGGAAUGCCCAAAAACAUUACUACCCUGCAACGUCUGCCAAAUGGUAUUUUACUGCUCCGAAAAGCACAUGAACGAAGACAAAAUUAAACACAUGAGUUUCUGCGCCACCCUCAAAAUGGUAGCUAUGCAAAGAGGAGGACAUGUUUACAACAAUGUACACGGGGCAACCAACGAAGAUUUCCAAAUUUUACGUGUGAGUACUAUCAAUAUCUGCGAAAACAUGUUAAAGCGUCCAUUAGAGCCGUUCGAAAAGGAAGUCCUUCUGUUUCCUCGAUUAUGUAGCAACCCAGACUGCCGUGAAUGGAGGCAUGAGAAAUUAGAUGAUUGCAGUUUUUGUAAACAGGUCUCAUAUUGCCGUUUACAUGCAGAUCAUCUACCUGAAACCCAUAAGGAAUGGUGCAAACAACUUAAACUCUUUGAAAAAAUCAUCACUCAUCAAUCGAAAUUUGGGAAAAUCAAACCAACUCUUCCUUCCAAGAUCCUGACAAACUCAGGAGAGAAUCUUUGUACAAUUACUCAAGUUUUUGGGCAGCUUUAUGAGAAAUUGAGUGAUAUUGGCAAUCUUAUAUUUUAUGCUGAAUUAACCCAAAUUGCAAGUCCAGCUUUGACGACAUGGUUUGCUCUGAAACUCACUGAUCUGAUACAAUCACCAGAACUGGUAAUCCACGUUAUAGGGGCUGAACAAAAUUUUGAAGUGGAUACCUUACAAAAGUGGGAGUCGUUUUUGUUGCAUCUGCUUCCAGAGGUUAAUAAAUUAGAUGUUGUAUUUGUCGGUCCGGAGUUGAAUAUAUCAGAGAUGCAAUCGUCAAUUUUACAAAAGCAAAGACUCUGCAAGCAAUGCCAGAAACAAAAGAAGGAGGUCAACUAUCAUUUUGAAAAUUUGCUGUAUCACAGCUACACCUCAUCUUCAUCCUAUAGGGAGCCUUCCCUAGUUUGCUAUUUCAAUCCUGGCCUUUAUCGAUCAACAGGUUUCAACAUUACUGAUACUUGGCCAGAGACAAUCAAAGCUACUUCCCGUGCGAAAUGUCCAGUCCUUAUAACAUCUUAUACAGAUUACGAAUCUGUACUUGAUCUCAAAACGUUUCUACGAGAAUCUGAACGGCCACUCGAGAUAGUACUUCCUGCCAUAGUGAAUCCUUUCAGAUCUCAACGUCCUGAACGAAAUUUUGUAUCAGAACAUCAAACUCCAUUGAUUUACAAGAAUUAUUAUUUAUUUCUUUUGAAGUAAUUUUGUUUUUAUUUAGGGAAAUUAAAAGACAAAUGAAUUUAAUUAAAAAUUAUUGGAAUUCUGCAGAAAUAAAG